GACAUCCAGAUGUACUGGGCCGGCCUGGGACGGUGGGAGUUGAACAUUUUAAACUCAUGUCUACUCAGAUAAGUCUGGUCGUCUAACGUCAGUGGUUUUUCACGUUGAGGAUUUCAUUUUUUAACAGUAACGUGUUUGGAGAAACUAGAUCUAGGACAGUUUGUGCAAGCACCAUCAAAUGGAGGACAAACAGGAAACAACUGAGGAUUCCCUGGCUGACAAGGAAGCACCAGCCACUGUUACACAGGUUGACGCUGGCAAAAAGCCGGUCGAGGAAGCCCUCACUUCCAGUGCUAAUCAGAACGAGGCUGACAACAUAUCUGAAAGUCCAUCUCAUGACUUCGAAUCUCAAGACAGUUCUUUCAGCAAGUCGGAGGAAUCUGUGGCUGAUGCUGCCAUUUUGGAUCCCUACCAUUACCUGACGCGACGGCACUUCACCUCAGAGAUCUUCAAGAUUGAAAUUCAGAACCUCCCCAGGCAUUUUGGAUUUGCACAAUUGAAGAAAAUGUUGAAUGGUCUUCAGCUGAAGCCCAAGAAAGUCAAGGCAGUCAACAAGGCAACCUAUGCAUUUGUGACAUUCAGCUGCGAAGAAGAUAAGGAGGAGGCUUUGAAGGUUCUCAACGGACACAAAUGGAAAGGACAAAUACUGAGGGCCAAGCUUGCCAAACCUGUCAAGGAUCCGUACACCGAGAGCAUUGCUCUGAAGAGAAGCCAAGAGGAAUCCGAGGAGAACAGCAAAGAGGCCAAGAAAAGGAAAGAGGAAGACAACUUACCAGUAGAAGAGAGGUUAAACAGCAUUGUCACACCACUGUGGAACCAGCCUUACGAGGAACAGCUCUCCACCAAACAGAACAACACCAGGGAGUUCCUGUGUAAUUUAUCUAAGAUGCUGCAACGCAACAUUUUGGAAAUGUCUGCCUGGCUGGCCCAGCAAAGGAAGAACCACAGUGGGAUGGCUUGUCAGUUGGAACCAAUCAAGCAGUCACCAGUGUUAGAGAGUUAUCGCAACAAAUGUGAGUUCACCAUCGGGAAGAGUGUAGAGGCUAAAGAUAACACGGUUGGUUUCCGGCUUGGAGCUUACAAAGGUGGCCAUGUGUCUGUGGUCAACCCAUCCUCCUGCUGUCACAUCUGUCCUUCCACUAAGGCCGUCGUCAACUCCUUCCAGCAGUACAUACAGCAGGAGUCCUCGUUGUCCAGCUACGACACCCAGCUGCACUGUGGGCAUUGGGGGAUGCUGCUGGUCAGAACAAGCCUCGAUGGAGGGAAGAUGGCUGCCGCGUGCAUGCACCCGCAAGAUUUGUCCAAGGAAGUCAUAGAUGCUGAGAAGCAGAAACUCCGCCAUUAUUUUCAGGAAGGAGAGGGGCAGAGCUGCCAACUGACGUCAUUGUAUCUGAGUCUCCAGGGAGAAAGCAGCAAAAGCUAUGAGCAUCUGGCUGGAGAUGAACACAUCACCGAGGAACUACUUGGUCUGAAGUUCAGAAUAUCGCCUGAUGCCUUCUUUCAAGUAAACACUAAGGCUGCAGAAGUACUGUACACCGCCAUAGCUGACUGGGCUGAAGUGACUCCUGACACCACAGUUCUAGACAUUUGCUGUGGGACUGGUACUAUCGGAAUCACACUAGCCAAGAGAGUGAAGAAGGUCAUUGGUAUCGAGAUGAACCAGCAAGCUGUGGAGGAUGCAGUCUUCAAUGCAAAGGCAAACAAUCUAAGUAAUGUUGAGUAUGUGUGCGGCAAAGCUGAGGUAGUCUUGCCAGACAUGACACCUGAUCUGAGGAGGUGUGACAAUGUGGUGGGAAUUGUGGAUCCGCCCAGGCCAGGGAUGCCUACUAAGGUCCUGCAGGCCAUCCGGAGAUGCGCCAACUUGAGACGUCUGAUAUACGUGUCUUGCCAUCCACAGAAUGCCAUCAACAACUUUAUUGACCUUUGCCGACCAGUUUCUAAUCGCAACAAGGGCAUUCCAUUUCGACCCACCAAAGCAGUGGCCGUUGACCUCUUCCCCCACACCAAACACUGCGAGCUCAUCAUCUUGUUUGAGAGAGCUGACCGAGUUGAUUCCUUCUACGAGGUGCCUGAGGGUGUGCAGAGAUCGGGCAACAUUAGCAGCGAAGGUCCAGCAACAGUCAUGAGUUGAUUUCCAAUGUGUUGCUGUGAAGCUUCCUGGCAUAGCUUGAUGCUCGUUGGCAAUUAAAGCAGUGAUAUCAAGGGAUUGUUCAAUCUGCUGUGCACAUGAUCGGAUGAGGUUGACUUUAAACCAUCUGGGUUGCCCACCAAAGCUGAUCAGUCCUCCUUAAAGACAGUACCAUUCAUGUGAAAAGCAGUGUCCCUGUAUCACACAAAUUUAAAAUCGUGGUCCUAAUCUAGUGAUUCAAAGUAGAAUGCACAUCCACAAAUUUCCCGAGUCUUAUGCCAGAAGCCACCAGACUGGCUUGACAUGUAAAAGCUUGAAGGGAAGUGCCUUCACAUCAGUUAGAAAUUGUGUACCCUCAAGCAAGUCUCAAAACUCACACAAACAUCUGUUCACUAAUCUGUAGUCGCAUUAACCACAUCAACUUUUGCAACAUUUGUUCAGUAAGACUUCUUAUGAAAAUGGAGGCUUAUUCAAGAUUCAUCAUUGGUUUUUGUUCCUCUUCGUCGUGCCUUCAAUUGCCUCAGGGAGCUAGACUCCAUCUGAGAAUCAUCAGUCAUUUUCUGUGCAUCUCUCUCUGAAUUUGUACACUUGUGAGUGGGUGUUUCUUGAUGUUGAAUCCCACCCUCUACGUGGCCCCCUUUCCUGAACUUCCUUGCAGUUUCUAGAAGAAAUCCUUUUGGACUGUGAACAUACACAUAAUGUUUUGACUCUCAUGCCCUUUUAUAGGUAUGCAGAGGUGUUUUAGAGAUAAAUUUUGAUAUUGGCUGUAAUGUAGGUUUGCAGCACAUUUUGCUUUAAGUUUAUGCCACAGUCUAAUUCUUCAAAAUUCCCAACCUGAUCACAAUGCAGAAAUUCAGGAUUCACUUUAUAGAGGCAUAGGAACUUUCCCAACUUCUACUGUUUAUGUAUAGGCAGACAACUUGCCAUUUAACCACUUGCUGCCGGGUACUUUUAAAAAUGCACUGCACACAUACAGGAGAUUUUUACGAGAGU